GAAUUUUCUCAUCCUGAUUGCGAUUCUAAAGUACAGUAUUGGCUUUGACUUACCAACGGUGUUUUCCGUUGGGCCAAAUGUGCUGCUUGUCUUCCUCGAUUCGGUUACCUCUGUGUCGCGUCGAUCUAUUCUUCGUACAGUUGCGUUUUCGUCGUUGUAGUUGUGGUGGCUACACUCCUCGGUCACUUCUCGGCAGAUGAAAAAUUGGUGAUGGAAUGACACGUCGCGGAAACUCGUUGUCGGUCGAAGAUCAUGUGUCAAAUCUGAUGAAUGAGUUUUCGAACUUCGACGAUCUUACGUGUACCCGAUGGUGAAGGUUUAGGCCCAGCGGCGCUCAAAGCACUAAGUAAAACAGCCGGCUAGUUUUCACCUCGACACUAUUAGACUUAUCCCGUGCAACAAAAUAUCUUUAUUCAAACCCAAUUGACUUGACGUAGCUGAACGAACAAACGUAUCAAUGAAAAACAAAGAACAUUGUGAUGAUGAUUCCGUUGUUAUGCCUUUUCUGCGUGAUGAAAUUUUUUGUUCUUGUUUGAGUUUAGAUGAACUGAUGAUGGAAAUACAAGGUCAAUUAGUCUGUGUUUUCGUUGUAAAUGUUGGUAAUGAGUCAAGAAUGAAUUCUUUUUCAUGUUUUCCUAAUUAAAUAAUUCAUUGAUUUCUUUGUCUGCAAUCGAAUUCGAAUCAACAUGGCCAGUGUUCCUUCCCUCACUAGUGUCGACUUGUUUGAGCCAUUAUCUGGCUACAUUGUGCUUGGGACACAACCGGAAGAGGCAGAUCCGGGUCUGCUGACACAGCGCAUCAAAGCACCCAGCAUCACCGGUAAACGGGCAACAUGCACCACGCCCUCUGCGGAGAACCGGGAUGUGCUGUUGAAGCGGAUUCCGAUGACCUACACUCCGAAGGACUGCGCACACCACUGCGAUGCUGCGGGAUCCCGCUGUACGCAUUGGAGUCUUUCAUUGUUAAGGGUAGUUUAUCACUAUCCCAUGUGGACUAAGUAUGCUGAGUGGAGGAGUCCUCCUUGAUUUAAAGGGGAAACUAAGGGGCAAAGGGGGCAACCCACUCGACUCGGUAUAGUGAAAAACUACCGCUAACAUUGGGACCAGUGUGGAACACGAGGCAGGCACCAGGGGUUUACGACGCAAGACAUAGGGCGCUGGCGUUUACUCCAAAAGCAGGCGCACCGGGACACUGCUUCCUCUGUGGUGUGGAGGACGAGGGGAUGAAAGAUUUUCAUUCUGCAAUAGGACAUGAUAGGGCUGGUUCCGCUAGAAGCGGAGGAGGACAAAAUAAAGCACAAGUAAAUACUAGAGAACAAAAGAAGUUUCUCUUUGACAAAUACUCGAUGCUAAGAGACGCACCAGGCAUGUACAGUUAUGUGGGCGUUAAACGACAAAUGACAGCACCGCCACCAAGGAUAAAAGAAGCUUAUCGUGGUGAAAAUGGAGCACUGUAUAGUAGAAACUGGUCCUAUUUACCACCGAGUUGGCUAAAAUUCCUCUAGCUAUAACAAAAGAUUUCAUCAGC